AUGGCACCAAUUUUACCAGGUGACAAGAUUGAUGAUGGGAUCUUCAAAGCCGCGACGGCCUUGCAUGUUGCAAGUGAUUGGCUUUGUCAUUCCACGGAGCCAAGCACACAGCAGGAAUUCUAUGACUCCCUGCAGAAUGUGGAGGCUGUGGACAUGUUCAUCAGCCAUUCAUGGUCUGACCCUGCCUGGAUGAAAUUUCUGUCUUUGUGCCAGUUCCUGAAUUUCAACAAGGCGAUUCUCUCGGCCUUUUCGAUGAGCUUAGGAAGUGCCUUGAUUCUUCUGAUGCAUGCCGGAAGCGUCAGUGAGUUGCACAACUCCUUUGCUGGAACUGGUUUGUUGUCUUGGUUCCUUUGCUACUUGCCUGUGGCCGUCUUCUUCCUGGUGUACUUCUUGGGUCACACACUCUCCCGAAGGACCUUUUGGUUUGACAGGAUUUGCGUUCACCAAGAAAACCUGGACUUGAAGGCGAAGACCAUCGAUGCCCUGCCGCACUUUGUGGCAAACUCACGUGAGAUGCUGAUUUUGUUGGACGAAACCUACCUAGAAAGGCUCUGGUGCAACCUUGAGGUGGCGGUUUUCUCUACUACACAUUCUGCCGAUCCCAACGCCAUGCACUUGAUGCCUUCCUGGCUGCCAGUCUGGGUCUUGUCUACAGUUGUGACCGAUUUUCUUGCACUAGUGAUCAUGAUCUCGAACUACCCCACACCCACCAUGGAAGGCUCAGAAGGGGUUGAGCAGGAACUCGAUCGAUCCGCUUUCAUCCGGGAGACGUUUCUGGCCUGGUGGUCGCCGACGGCGAUCUAUGCCAUUUAUGCGUUGCCCAGCUUUGUGUUACCUUUCCGACGGUUGCAGCUUCAUGACACGUUGUUGGCCAGGAUGGCUGCAUUUGAUCAUCGUGAUGCAAAGUGCAAAGUGGAAAGUGACCGUGCAAUCAUCAUGUCUCACAUCGCCAACCUUGCUGAGGGAUACUGGGACCCUCUUGUGAGUGUUGAAUUUGGUGGUUAUGAGUCCCCGGCCGAGAAUGCUCCAUUGGUGACCAGCAACACGCGGUCUUCGGAACCUUCGAUUCACGCAGGCCGCUUCCAUGCAACUGAGGAAGUUAUGCUGGAUGAGUUCAAUGCUUACAUUCGAGGGCCAAUGCGUGACAAGCUUGAGUAUGCUGUUGGGGGCGAGAUCAUGAUCCCGUGGACUCUGAGUGCAAGUGUAUCUAUGCCCUUUGUCCUUGGCCAAGUAUUGCUGACCUUUGACUGCGAGUUUGGGCAAUGCGAGGUAGCUGCACAGCGAGAAGGAUUUGCUUCCGCCGACCAGUAUUUCAUUUGCAACAUUAUUGCGAAUGUGGUCCUGUGUCUACUCUCAGCUCCCCAACUUCAACCGCUUCUGCUUCGAAUGCUGAGGUUCAUUCGAGCAAACAUUCAGAAUGUCUGUUUGCAAUACAUUCUGGGAGCAGUUGGCGCAUUUCUAGUGUACAAUUACGUCUUUGGCCUCUCCGCAGCAGUCGGUGCAAACGUGCUUGUGAACAUCGCAGGUGGACCCCGGCCAGAGUCGUGUCUUGUUGCUUGUCUUGGUGUCAUCUAUAUUAUGCUUCAAGGGGUGGCUUUAUUCUCAGAUGGCAAAGCCAUUUUUUCGAACUGCUUGGCCUUGCGUGGCCGUUUCUGCCGUAGCUGA